CAGGUGCACAGGUGGGUCCGUGAGACGAGACAAGGUCCCUUGGCAGAGGAGAGGUCUGGACCUAAAUUAUGUCCAGCCUGCACAAAGCUCCAGCUGGAGCAGGCGCUGCAUGUGUCCAGCAGCCAGCGGUGGUCCCUCAUGGUGGUUUGCUGCCCCUUGCUGAGGUAGCAGAGCCUGAAGACCUGGACAAGGUAGAGUGUAACAAGAGCCAACCGGGACACCCUGCAGGAGAAAAAGAUGGAAAGGAGCUGUACUCAUUAGACAGCUCUACAUCCUCGUCGGACAGCGAGGAUGAGGGGAUCGGCAAGAAAGACAAGAAGAAGAAGAAGAAGAAGAAGCUGAAGAAGAAGACCAAGAAGAAGAAGAAAGAUUCCAGCUCUUCAUCUUCAUCUUCCUCCUCCUCCUCCUCCUCCUCCUCCUCCUCGUCCUCCUCCUCGUCUUCUUCUUCCUCCAGUAGCUCUUCAGACAGUGACAGCGAGGAUGACAAGAAGAAGAAAAAGAAGAAGAAGGACGACAAAGAAGGGGAGAAAGAGUACAUCGGGGAGGGUGUUAUCAUUUCUAGUUCUGAGGGCCAAAUGGACCAGCAGUGUGCAGAAGGUCUGAAGAAGAGCCAGGAUUUGAACUCAUCAGAUGGUGAAGAUGACAAGAAGAAAGACAAAAAGAAGGACAAGAAGGACAAGAAGAAGAAGAAAAAGAAGGACAAGAAGAAGAAGAAGAAAGAUUCCUCUGACUCUGACAGUUCAUCUUCCGACAGUGAGGAUGAAAAGAAGAAGAAGAAGAAAAAGAAGAAGAAGAAGGACUGCAGCUCCUCCUCCUCCUCAGAUAGCUCUUCAUCAUCCUCCUCUGACAGCGAGGAUGACAAGAAGAAAAAGAAGAAAAAGGACAAGAAGAAGAAGAAAAAGAAAGACAAGAAAAAGGAUUCCAGCUCCUCAUCUUCAUCCUCAUCUUCUGACAGUGAUAAAGAUGAGAAGAAAAAGAAGAAGAAGAAGGACAAGAAAAAGAAGAAGAAGAAGGACAAGGAAACGGAUGAAGAGCAGAAUGAGCUCUGCAGUGCUACCGCUCUCUCAGCUGCUGAGGGUGAGACAGCAGGACCAAGUGCUGAUGGAGAUAAAAAUAAAUCUGCUGACAAGACCAAGAAAGACCUUAAAACAACAGAAGAAGGCAAACUGCCCUCUGCAAUGGCUGCAGGGGGAGCAAAGGCUUAUUGUAUUGAGGAAGGCAACCUGAGUGAUGAUGAGGGCGAAGGAGGGCAGGAGAAGGAUAAGAAGAAGAAGUUGAAGAAGAAGAGGGAAAAGGAUUCUGGCUCAGACAGUGAUGAUGACAAAAAAGACAAGAAGAAGAAAAAGAAGAAGAAGAAGGAAAAGGACUCCUCGAGCUCCUCCUCUUCUUCAUCUGAUAGCUCCUCCUCAGAUAGCGAAGAUGAAAAGAAGAAGAAAAAGAAGAAGAAGAAGAAGGUGAAGAAGAAGAAGGACAAGGAUUCCGACUCCUCCUCUUCUUCAUCCUCUGAUAGUGAAGAGGACAAGAAGAAGAAGAAAAAGAAGAAGAAGAAGAAGACAAAGAAGAAGAAGGAUAAGGAUUCCAGCUCCUCCUCCUCUGAUAGUGAAGAUGAGAAGAAGAAGAAGAAGAAGAAGAAAAAGAAGAAGAAGAAGAAGUCCAGCUGUUCUGAAGAUAGCUCCUCUUCUUCCUCCUCCUCCUCUGAUAGUGAAGAUGAGAAGAAGAAGAAGAAGAAGAAGAAGAAGAAGAAGAAGAAGAAGUCCAGCUGUUCUGAAGAUAGCUCCUCUUCUUCCUCCUCUUCCUCUGAUAGUGAUGAUGACAAGAAGAAGAAGAAAAAGAAAGACAAGAAAAAGAAGAAGAAGAAGGAUAAGAAGAAAAAGAAGGAUUCUUCUUCUGAGUGUUCCAGCGAUUCUUCUAGUGAUGACGAUAAGAAGAAAAAGAAGAAGAAGAAGAAGGAUAAGAAGAAGAAGAAAAAGAAAGACAAGAAGAAGGACUCAGAUUCUUCUAGCAGCGAGGAUGACAAGAAGAAGAAAAAGAAGAAGAAAGACAAGAAGAAGAAAAAGAAGAAGGACAAAAAGAAGGACUCAGGUUCAUCUGAUGGUGGCAGUUGCAGUGGCAGUGACAAGGAGAAUAAAAAGGACAAGAAGAAGAAGAAGAAAAAGAGUUCUGGCUCAUCAGGAAGUGAAACUGACAAGAAGAAAAAGAUUCAAAGCCCUUCCAGUGAGCAAAGCGGCAAGCCCAAAACUGAGGCUUCAGGCUCAGGUGGUGGCGGACAUUCAGCUCCCUCUGGCAGCUGCUUUAAGGCUGUCGAUGCUCCUGGCGGUGCUGCUGGCGUCUCCUUCGUGACCCUCCCCUCCAAACCUGUUGUGAAGCUGGAUCCUCUGGCUCCAUCAGCUUUCUCCAAGCCCUCCACCCCUGGCUCCUCACUGAGUAUUGGCGAUAGGGCCCAAAUCCGCAGACCUCCCAGCCCCAUGGAGUCCCUGUUGGGGAGCCCAAGGAGGUAUGGAGACGGAGGGACCCGUUCCACCUCCCAUCUCACCUCUAGUGAUCUAUUGAGAGGCCCCAGGCCUUACCAAUGAUGAGAUGUCAUAGAUCAAAAUAGAUGUUACAGAUUUCUUUUUUAAAAAGCACAGCUUAUAUGACACUGGAUGAUGUUGAAUGUAUAUGAUGAAAUAAGGUAAUGAUGCCCUGAUUUCAUGCACAUUAAUAUUUCUCAUCUGGUGGGAAUCAGAGGUUACUGUUUAAAGACGCAUUGUGACAGGAUGAAAAUGUUCAAGUUGGGGAAUAUAAUUUUACAAUGAAAGAUGAUGGUUGUAAUUUUUAGUAAUAGAAAGCACAUUUGUAAAAAUGUUAAUACACAAUCAAAAUGUAAUGAAAUAAUAAACAUGAAAUAACAAAAACUA